GGACGGUGGCUGAAGAUGCGGCGCCGCUCGAUUGCGAUGUGGGCGUGCGCUCUCUGCGUGAUCGCGUCGCCGCGUCCCGACUCUCCAUCCUCAUCCGGUCCAUAUCCGCUCGCUGCCCCGUCUCGGCCGUCCUACCGCGGCUCCGCCCGUCCUGCUUGCCUACGAUCAGAUUCGAAAGCCUCGCGAUGGCCGACGCGGAGUCCAACGUCCAAAGGCUCAUCAACCAGUGCACCAAAGCAACCGAUGUCGACGCGAAGGUCGACGCGCUCGCAAAAUUGCAGGUCGAGUUCGAGAAUGGCGCGGAGAUCCCGGACUCGGACGCGACGAUAACUGUGUUCAAGGCGUGUCUCAGGACAGCUAACCAGCACCUGUCUACCGCAACACUGUCCGCUCUCCCCCCGCUCCUUCCCCUCCUUGUUACUCGUCAUGGUCUGACACGCUCAACAUCCGCCGCGCCCAACUCUCCCACUGCCUCUACUUCCUCGAAUGGCGCGUCCGUCAUUGACGCGCAUACAGUCCGUCAGGUGCUCACUGCGUUCCUGCCCUCUGGCGGUAUCAUCGAUCGUCUCGGCGACAGCAGGGAGAAGUCCCGAGAGAAGGCGCGCGAGGCGCUGGUCCUGCUGGGUGGGUUCGCGUUCCGGAGUGGGGGGACGAGUGCGAUGAUGAACCGGUCGCGCGAGGGAAAGGGCCCGGAGACCCCUCUGCAGAUUUUCGAGAGACAUCUGAGGGAAUUGGGGCUCGCUAGCAAGGUGUGGAGAGUGCGCGAGCAGGCCGUAUUGACACUCGUGCAUCUGCGCCGUGCGCACCACCUCUUUCCCAUCCGACCAUACCUUCCCGCGCUCGUCGAGGCCCUCGAAGACACCGACGGGACUGUGCGCGAAUGCGCGCGCCAGUCUACCGUCGAGCUGUUCACGGGGCCUGGCGUGUCGGAUGCGGCUCGGGCGGACCUCAAGAAGGAGAUGACGAAGAAAGGCGUGCGUAAAACCAUCGUCGACGGCGUGCUCUCGCGCUUGCUCGCUGGCAGCAGCGGCGGUGCGAGCACCCCGGGCACCUUGAGCGACGCAGGCUCGGAGAAUGGCGAUGCGGCCCACAAAGAGUACGUUCCGCCGAGCGUCGCACUCAUGAACCGUCGGCCGACGCAGACCGCUGGCCUCCCGCGAACAACGAGCCAGACCAGCGUGGGCAGCGUGCCGCGGCCUGGCAGUCGCUCUGCGAUGGUGUCACCGUCGCCAGUUGACAGCCCUACUGCUGCCUCGGCGGGUGGUUCAGACGUCAAGCCCGUUUACAUUGCAUCAGUGCACGACCUCGAAAACGAGUUCGCAUCCAUGGUGAAGCACUUCGAGAGCAAAGAGACGGAGCAUAACUGGGCGGCCCGUGAGCAGUCAAUCCAGCGUGUGCGCGGGAUGCUCAAGGGCGAAGUCCAUACACGUUUCCAUGACGCGUUCUUGCUCGGGUUGAAGAAUGGCUUUAUCAAUGCAUCUCUCAAAACGCUUGUCAGUUUACGUACGACGGUCUCUGCGAACACAUGCCUGUUGUAUCAGGAGCUCGCUCUCGCACUCGGCGCCGACCUCGACCCGUCGUGUGACGUCUUGUACACGAAUCUCCUACGAAUGGGCAGCCUCACCAAGAAGAUCACGUCACAGCAGUCGCAGACAACCGUCGACAUGAUAAUCCCCCACACCUCAGCCCAGCCACGAAUGGUUAUUCCCAUGCUGUGGAACUGUGUCCAAGACAAAUCCAUUCAAAUGAGACAAUACGCCCUUGGACAUAUACACGUAUAUCUUGAUGUACAUGGCGCCCGCGCGAAGCAUGCCAUCGAGUCUACUGGCGGCGUUGACCUCCUUGAAAAGUCCGUCAAGAAGGCCCUGGGAGACCCGAACCCGAAGGUUCGGGAGGAUGCUCGGAAAAUAUUCUGGGUCUUCGAGGCCAUCUGGCCAGACAGAGGUGCGGCCAUCUUGCACGCGUUGGACUCCGUAGCGAGAAAGCAGUUGGAGAAGGCAUGCCCCAACCCCAAUGCUGUCGCCACUAUUGCAGCGCCGGAAACUCCCAAGCCAAAGAAGAGCAGCGUCGCGGCGGCUAUUGCUGCUACGAGGGCGAAGGCGAAGGCGAAUGCCGCCGCGCCGCCAUCCCUGCGCCAUCAGGCCACAAGCACCUCGCAAGCUGUGCGAGCGAUGUCGCCGACAGGCAGGCGCGAGGUGUCCCCUCCAUUGACCGCGAGUACGUCCAUGGGCAGCGUGCGUGCCACGUCUCCGACCACUCGAUCGCCACCGAGAUCACGAAUUAUUUCUGGUAACAUGUCGCGGUCCGUCAGCUCAGGGGCUACAUCGACGUCUUCACGGCCGCGGACCUCCCCCAGUCAGCCUCCCCCGGCUUCGCCGCCAUCUCCCACACCUGACUCCGGGUCGACAUUUCGCAGGCGCACAUCAUCCCCGCUCAUCGCUCCCCCUUCUCCACCAAAGUCUCCUCCGAGUAGUCAAUCUGUAUUCAGACGGGCUGUGCACACGGCUUUGCCUGCGUCUCCGCCUCAUAGCUCGGUAAUCACAUUCGCCGACCCUGCGCCUAAGCCCGGGCGAUCAGCUGCUGUGCCAUUGCCCCGAGAGUCAUGGUCAAUAGCAGGUCUGCAUGGCCAGCACGGCACUGAGGAAGAGUCACUGCUUUUAGCUACGAAGAUCCCGAUCCCUGAAGAUAGCGAUUCCGAUAUGGACGAGUCGGUCAAUCUGCUGUCUUUCUCGGCGCCCUACGAAAGGUAUCCUCCCAUCGAGAUUGCAAGAGCGAAUUCUCAAGCCGCGUCUUUCUCACCGAGAUCAAGUAGCUCGCGGCCUGGGCCGUCCAAAGCACUCUCUACCUCCACAAAUUCACCUCCGUCUAGUGCGCCGCAAGUGGUCGUCGAGGACGCGCUCCGUGCCCGUGCCGAGCAGGCGGAGAGUGCGGCGGAACGCCUGCUCGAGCUUGUCGAGCCGGAAGAAGAUGGCGUACAUCCGCCGCCGAUCCCCGCGUCCUUAAUGAGAAGCACAAUGGCCACACCUCAAACGAAAACGAGGACCACUAGCGCGCGCAGCGUAAAGGCGACAUUAUCGCCGCCCCGAACACCUGUCAACAAGACUGCUGCUAUGUUGAAGCAAGCCGCACUCUUCCAGGAUAGCCCAGCCGCAAAUGGCAAAACCGCGAACGUAUUCAGCAUGGUAAAUGGCACCGAUACCGCCACUGAAUGGUGGGGGAAACGGACUUCGCUCAUCAAGUCUGCGGGUGUUUCAUUGCAUCACGAGAGUGCGGAUCGUGAGGAAGAACUGCAGGGAUACAUUUCCGCGCUCGAACAGAGUUCUGCAGAUAUCCCCGCGCUGAAGAACAUGGCGCUUCUCUGUACCCAAAUGGCCGUUCUUGAGCCUUCCUCGCCGACAAGCCCGGACUUCGCCGUGCCUCUCACGCCCUCACCCAUACUAGGCAGCUCGGAUUCCUUGCCAUCUAUCGCCAAGACCCUUUGGUCUCAGCACAAGAAUUUUGACAGACUGUUCGACGCUCUUAUCAGGUACUUGGAUCCAGCCCAGGAUGAAGAGAAGUUGCAAUAUGGUCUCAUCGUACUGUGGGAAAUGAUCGUGAACCAGUGGUCGCUUCUUGAAGGGAAGGAAGCCGACAUAUUCACUACGCUUCUUCAAGUCCGGUAUUGCGCUAGAUUGAGCGUCAUGCAAGCCACGAACAUGUUCCGAGAUGCCCUCGCAGCGCGUGUCGACGCCGUAUAUGGUCUGACGACGUUACAUGCGUGCGUGCGAGCGUUCCGUGAUACUGAUCCGCCGGAGUCCUCGAGCGUGGGGGCCAAAAACGGGACGUAUGCGUUCGGACUCGUGGCGUUGGGCAAGUUUAUCCUCCGCUUGCCUGCGGAAGUGCUCGAAGAAGAGCUACCACGACUUCGUGCCAUGUUGAUAUCCGCAUCCAGCCAUACCUCCCUCACGGUCCGCGAGGCAGCUGCCGCUGCUAUGAUCGCUGCACAGCUCGUUUUGCGUGAUGAGGCGCACUUGUUCGCCCUCCUUGACGGGCUGCCAGAUGACAAGAAGAACCUGCUGACCUACCUCUUCGAUAAGCACGGCUGCAGGGACACGUCCGAGAUUCUUGGACCCUCGCGGACGGAGAAGCUGGAACGAGAGAUGCGGCGAUUGGACACCCGUACGAAUACACUACCACGGCUUGCCAACAUGUCGUCUGGCAUGUAGAUCGAUGGCCUGUCAAUGGCCUGUCAAGCUAUCCUUUGUACCCGGUACAGCCGUUUUCAUCCUGUCCCCCUAAUACCCAUGCCUACUGUAAUCCACUCUACUCCGGUCAUUGUUCCUUCCGUGAAAUGAUGAUCGGAAAGUCUAUGCAUCGACUGACAUGAUAGUGAAUGAUGUGAAUCAUGAACCUCA